UGGAUCUGCUCUGGGACCCCAAAUCCGCCCCGGGACCCCAAAUCCGCCCCGGGACCCCAAAUCCAAUCUGGGAACACAAAUCCCACCCGGGACCCCCGGAGCUUCAUGGGGGUCAUCGACCAGGCCACCCUGGACGAAGCCUCGGUCAAUUUCCGCCGGACGCUGGCCCGGGUCAUGGCCCAGGACAUCCGAGACAAGCAGAUCUACCAGGAGCUGCUCUGGGCCAUGCGCGAGAUCAAGGAGGACUUCGAGCGGCUCAUGAGGCGCUUCCAGAGCCAGGUUUAUUGCCCCAAUAAAUGCGGGCGGAUGGAGGUGCUGUGGAUCGAGUGCAUCUUCUGCAACCUCACCCACUUCGCCUGCAACAGGGGGGUGGACUGCGGGGAGCGGCAGCUGUGGGUGGAGGAGGGGCAGGACCUGGUGCUGGACUGCGCCCUGCCCUGGCACGGGGCGUCCCACGGCGCCAAGACCUACAGCUUCUACCGGGGCCUGGCAGCGGCCGGGGCGGGUCCGGAGCCCCCCGAGCCCCCUCCCCAAAGUCGGGGGGCGGCCGCGGAGCCCCCCUCGCGCCCCCCGCCCGCGGAGCGGCUCCUGCGGAGCGGCCCCGACCCGGUGCUGGUGUGGAAGGAGGCGGCGGCGGCGGCGGGCGGGCGCUACCGGUGCCUGAUGCGGGGCCCCGCCGGGCAGGUGGGCUCGCAGCUCAGCUUCAACGUCACCGUUCUGCCCCGCCCGAGGGUCCCCGGCGAGGCCCCGCCCCCCCCCCGCGCCCCCCCCGGGGGCUCCCCCCCGGCCGCGAUCGCCGCCAUCGUCGUCACGACUAUCGCGACAGCGCUGGUGGCCGCGGGCAUCGCUUGGUUCUGCUUCCGGCGCGCGGAGCCCCGGGGGGAGCAGGACCCCCCCCAAUAAAGGAGUCGUGACCCCC